UAUGCUGCUACAUUCAGGCGUCUCCUAGACAAAGUUCAUUCACAGCUUUCUCUCUGCAAAGAAGAGCCUGCACAGGAAGUAAUUAUGGCUCAGAAACCCAAACUUUACUAUUUCAAUGGAAGAGGCAAAAUGGAGUCAGUCCGAUGGCUGUUGGCUGCAGCAGAUGUAGAGUUUGAUGAGGUAUUCUUGGAAACAAAGGAACAAUAUAAGAAGUUGCUUGAAGAUGGAUCUUUGCUGUUUCAGCAGGUCCCAAUGGUGGAAAUGGAUGGGAUGAAGAUUGUACAGUCUCGAGCCAUUUUGAAUUACAUUGCUACAAAGUACAACCUGUAUGGAAAGGACAUAAAAGACAGAUUGUUUAUUGACAUGUAUGUAGAAGGGACCAUUGACCUCAUGACUAUAAUAUCGGGUCUGUACAUUCAACCUGAAGAUACUAAAAUAAAACAAAAAGAUCUGAUUAAAAACAGAGCACUAAAUCGAUAUUUUCCAGUUUACGAAAAGGCUUUGCAAGGUCAAGAUUUCUUGGUUGGGAAGCAGCUAAGUAUUGCAGAUGUACAACUGCUGGAAGCCAUUUUAAUGGUGGAAGAAGUCCACAAUGAUGUUCUAUCUCACUUCCCUCGACUGCAGGCUUUCAAAAAACAAACAAGUGAGAUCCCAACAAUUAAAAAAUUCUUGCAACCUGGAAGUAAAAGAAAGCCUAUUCCUGAUGAAAAGUUAAUAGCAGCUGCGAAAGAAAUUCUUUAUUCCUAAAUAUAUUUAUCUUUUUUUCCUGUUUAUUUUUUCACUCACUUCUUUAUCACAAGCUUCAAAGAUCAUUUUCGGGUUUAGAUAUAUGGAAGUCUAAUGUCACUUUUUAUUUCCGAACCCCUUAAUUUUCUUCUACUAUUCUGUUUUUCUCACUUCAUAAUUAUAUUUUACUUUGA